AUGGAGAGGAAAGUCCUGAAGAUGGAGAGGCUUGGAAAGGAUCUGAUGGAGUGGGCGAUGGGCCUGGUUGUUGCCAACUUGAGGGGGUACUGCAGAAGCCCCCUGUUGCGGUUUUCGAAGGCCAAGUCUCUGAGAAACAGAAAGAACAACUACAUUCUUUGCCUUGCCGGGGAGAAGCCCGUUGGAUUCAUCAUGUUCCGGUUCUCCAGAGAUACGACGUAUGUGUUUGAGCUGCAUGUUGAGGAGAAGUACAGGUCAUUGGGCAUCGGAACCCUGCUCCUGGACGAGUGCAGGAAGCAGUAUGAUAGUAUUGUGAGGAGGAUAGUUCUGUAUGUGUACAGGGAAAACAUCCGGGGCCUGGGGUUCUACAUGAGGAACGGGUUUGAGGUUAACAGGGAGUACAAGUGCGACACGUUCUAUGAGAUGGUGUUCAACAAGUAA